AUGUCUUCAAAUCAAUCACCUUACCCCAACAAUAAUGGUAGAGCGUCGCGCAACAAUCAACGAGAGCCCAGACACUGUGUUUACUGUAAUGGUGACAAGCACAAUGUAGAAAAAUGUUUUUUCCUCGAAGGUUUUCCUCUUGGACACAAGUGGCAUGGUAGGGAGCCACCUAUCCCUCCACCACGAUCCAAUGGCAGCGGUCGUGCACAUCAAGGGAGGACCAACCAGUUCAACCAAACUGGAACUCGACAACAAUUCUCCGCCAACUACAUCCAUGGCUUAGAACCACCAACUCACCAUCUUCAGUCCAUAGUGCCUCACCUCUCCCUUGACCAGUGUAAGCAAAUAAUGGAUGUCGUUGGUAAGGAGGAUGUUAAUCCAACACAAGCAAAUUUUGUAGGUCUGAAUUCUUCUUCUUGCUUUGGUUUUCAUGCCAAAACAUGUUUACUGGAUGUCUAG